AAGAGAGAUGGUAAACAGUUGUGUCGGUGGAUCUGUUGGGACCAGGGUCAACAUGGGACAGUGGUGGGGUCUGGUCCUCACUCUCCUCUACAGCGUUUCGGUGGUAGCUGCUUCUCAGCAUGCAAGGAAAGCCCUCUACCCGUCAGCCUCUCGAGUGAAGCGUGGGACAUAUUCAUUAGUCAACCCUACAUUCCACACCUCAGUGGAUGACGUCAAACUACUCUUUGAAAUUCUGCUGGCCGGCCUGCAGGUAGAAGGAGAGAACAGACGAAUGCUGAUACCAGACGCGGAGCUGGCUUCCCUGAGGAGGGUUAACAAGCUUGAGGUGAUUUGCGAAGACAUCCUGCCAAAGAGCCUCCCGGAGGUCAGGCGUCUCACCUCUCUCCUCUCCCAGCAGAGAGGCCAUCUGAGCAGGCAGGAUUUUGAGCGAACGUUGCUUACCAUGGUGUACACCGCACAGACACGGGCCAAGGCCGUGUCAGCCCACCAGAAGGCGCUCUGGAAUGAUGCCCUGCUGCUGUUGUUCAAAGCAAUAAAGCGUGAUCUGGAUCCCCCAUGAGGCAAGCUGCUGAUGUGUUCCUUUCUACCUUGGUAGCUCGUGUUACCUCAGCAAAUGAACUUUACUCCAAAAAUAAUCUCAUAAAAAAGGGAUUGAAGAUUUUGAGUCUUUGAUUCAAUCAGAUUUCAUGCAUAAUCGACAAAAGGAUUUAUUGGAUUUGCUUGUGAUUAAUAUCAGCAGAUUACACCUAGGAGAUAGCAGGGGAUAGCAUCUUGCCAAGUUGCCCAUGUCCUCUUCAUGUGACCUUCUUUGAUCUGAUCCAAUUAUUCAGAACCAUAGAUGUGAACAGAAACAACUGAUAUUGUGAUAUGUGUGAUGGGUGUUUGAUGUCUUUCUCUGUAUAAUAAUAAAA